UUCGAUGACGGACCGUACGACUGGCACGCCGAGAUUGCGCAGAUGUUCCACGACAACCAGAUGAAGACGACGUACUUCGUCAACGGCAACAACUGGCGCUGCAUCUACGACGAGCCGCAGGUGACGGCCAUGCAGACGGCCCUCGCCACGGGCAGCGUCAUGUACGCCUCGCACUCGUGGUCGCACCCCAACUUCACGCAGCUCACGAUGGACGAGAUCGACACUCAGGUCUCGCUGCUCGAGGAUGCCCUCUUCGCCACCAUCGGCCGCGUGCCGCGUCUGAUCCGCCCGCCGUUCGGCGAGACGAACCUCAAAAUCAACCAGCACCUGAAGGACCGCUGGGGACUCGAGGUCGUGCAGUGGAAGCAGGAUGCCGGCGAUGGACUCGGCGCCACGGUCGCGCAGGAGAAGGCGCAGUACAAGAGCUUCAAGAAGGGCGACGACAUUCUCAUUCUGCAGCACGAGACGCACGAGACGAGCAUCCACCAGGUGAUCCCGUACGCGCUCAAGCAGUUCAAGAAGAAGGGCAUCAAGAGCGUCACGGCGGCCAAGUGCCUCACGAAGCAGCCGAGCCCGUACAAGGUCACCGCCAAGCCGGGCACGCGCAACGACAACUGGACCUGUGUGGGCAAGCCGCAGCCGGGCAGCAACUGA